GCAUGAGCAGGUGGAUCAUGGAAGCUUUUGAAAUUGCCAGAACUAGAAUUCCUGAGAAGGCUUGAUUUUGACAUUGAAGAUAAAGAUAAAAAUGGGAGCUUCAUCGUCCACGUCCCACAAUGUUUCCGAUGAACAAAGAGAAGUAGAAAGUUUAGCAGCUUCUACAGGAUCGCUCUCUAUGCUUCAAAAUGCUUUCUCAAAGCUUCAUCAUCCUCAAACUAAUUUGCUUCCUCUCCGCACUCUACAGCAAUGUUUUAAUUUGAAUUAUAAAAACCCGACUUCUGAUGUAUCCUUUGUGGUUAAUUCCAUUUGGAGUUUGUUGGAUCAUGUGGGUGUAUCCAUAGUUGAUUUAUUCUCUGUGCCUGAGAAAGGAGAGUUAAGUUGGGUUGAGUUUGUGAAAGGUUAUGUUAAGUGUUGUGGAAGGAUGCCCACUUCAAUGGUGCUUAAUACUUUGCUGAGAGUAUUCUGUGCAGCAGGUAGAAGGGCAGGACUGACUUUGAAAUUGGAAUUUGAAUCUGAUGAUGCUGAUUGUAAGGUGGAUGGGUAUCUUUUGCCUGUUGAUGUGCUUAUGAUUUUUUUGAUGAGCUGGACUUUGUUGUGGGAUUCUAGAACUCGAAUAGUUUCAGAAGAAAAAGCAGAUCUUUGGCUGCCAGAGGUUAAUCAUUUGGUAUUGUCAGCUGUUAUGUCAUGUGCUGAAGUUGGCAGUGAUUUUAAUGUAUGGGAUUGCAGUGUUGUUGACUUGGAAGUUCAGCUUCCUGCAGGAAAGUUUCUUCAAUGGGCCUUCGCAAUGGUGCCAAGUCUCACUGAGUGCUUCACCAAAUUUGUCAAUGCAAGACUACAGAACUGUGUUGCCUUAGAGAAUGUUCUGGGACCAUCUACAUCGUCUUUAGGAGAUAUCUCUUCCACAAAGGUGCAUAAUAAUUAUCUUCUAUCCCGGGGAAGGGCAUUCUCAAUUUCCCUUACAUACAGAACUGUAUGUGAAGAAGUUUUGAAACUAUGCUGUCCUUUUGGGAGUGAUGAAACAGAUGAAAGUCUUGUCUAUAAGUCAUCUCUCCAUGGCAAAGGCCUGAACAGAUUCUGGUCUAAAGUUGAAGGUUAUCAUGGCCCAUUGCUAAUUUUGGUCUCUGCUGUUUCCAAAAAUGACCAUGGCGGUGAUGCCAGUGCCAGGAAAUGGAUCAUAGGUGCACUUACAGACCAAGGAUUUGAAAAUAGAGAUGCAUUUUAUGGAAGUGCAGGGAAUUUAUAUUCUAUAAGUCCAGUAUUUCAUGCAUUCUUACCUUCUGGAAAGGAGAAGAACUUUGUUUACAGCCAUUUGCAUCCAACUGGUAAGGUUUAUGAAUCACAUCCAAAGCCUGUGGGAAUUGCGUUUGGAGGAACCAUCGGGAAUGAAAGAAUUUUUAUUGAUGAAGAUUUUGCUAAAGUUACUGUUCACCACCAUGCAGUUGACAAAACUUACAGACCAGGCUCCCUUAUUCCAUGUCAGGGGUUUCUCCCAGUUGAAGUGCCAAUUUUGGAAGUGGAAGUCUGGGGAUUAGGUGGGAGCUCAGCAAAGCAAUCCCAGAUUUCAUACAAGAAGAGGGAGGAACUUUUCACUGAGCAGAGACGCAAGGUUGACUUGAAAACAUUUGCUAAUUGGGAAGAUUCACCUGAGAAAAUGAUGAUGGACAUGGUAUCAGAUCCCAAUGCAGUUAGAAGGGAAGACCGUUAAGGAGUUUUGUAGAGAAUUGAGCUGUUCUAUGUAAAGGGAGGUGACUGGUUUUUAAGUUCAUAUUAGCAUUGUUGUAACUAUAGUAAUCUCCCCCUCCAAUCUAGGUCCCUGCCCUGCCUCGAUGCGAAGCGAAUGGGACAGGGAUUCCUUGAAGUAAAGGACGGGAUAUGUAUAUAUCCUCUCUACACACUACUCCGCAUAUUUCUUUUUGAUCUCUAGAAAUGCUGUGAAUAAUCCAAAAUACCCCUAUUUUAUUUACUGA